AUGGCAUCUCGGCUUGACCGGCUUGUUACGCACCCCCUACUGCUUUCUGCCGACAUUUUUCUAAUCCUUGAGACGGGGAGUACCCGAUUAAUCCGGGACACUGCCGUCAAUCAGCUCGCCGAUUGGCAGAAGCAGCAUCCGGAGGAACUUUUCAACCUCCUCUCGAGGGUCGUGGUAUACCUCCGCCAUAAGGACUGGGAGACGCGUACCACUGCUGCAAAAGCGAUUGGCAAGAUCAUCGAGCAUGCGUCUCUUCAUGACCCCAACUCGGCAGAUGAGGCCGUCUCGAGCGACAAGUCGGCUGCGGGCGAAAACGGUUUCGUCAAGAAGGAAGAGAGCAGGGAUUUUUCUUUCGACCUCGAUAACGAUUAUUUCAGCCUCGAGAGUCUAAACAUAGCCGCGAUUCUCAAGUUUGGACGGGCGCUGCUGAGAGGCGGCCAUGUCGACUACGCCCUUGCUGCUCUCGAGCCCGCAAGCCGCCUGGCCCACCAAAAGAAAACACUAAAUGGCCGCCUCGGUCUCCUCGGACGUGUGUUCGAGGACGAGGAAAUGCCCAUCAUCAGUGACAACGCGCGCAGCCCCUCGACGCCACAGGAUGCCUCAUCCGCAAGUGCCUUUGGCCGCCAAGACAGCGGCGCCAACGGGGGCCAGAGCCAGCACAACGAGGAGUCGGGCCUAAGCACGCGCCAACUCAACGUUCUCAAGAGAAAACGCAAGAGAGAAGCGCAGAAAGCAGCCCAGGGUAAGAGCGGGUUUGGUGACCUGUCCAUCCGGCGUUCCACGACGGCCGGCUCGGACGGUUUCGCCGACGAUACUCCUCUGGCAGAUGCUGACUCAAAGAAGAACGGCAAGAUGGCGGACUACUUCACCCUCGACAGACCUGCCGACAUAGACGAGGACACAAAGGUUGUCUCGGAGUUCAAAGGCCCCGUGAUGCCCAUCAAGUCAGAGCUGGAGACAGACGAAGAGCUGGACGGCGCCGAGUGGCCGUACGAGCGCCUGUGCGAUUUCCUCAAAGUUGAUCUGUUUGACCCGCAGUGGGAGACUCGUCACGGUGCUGCCAUGGGCCUGAGAGAGAUCGUGAGAGUUCACGGCGGCGGCGCAGGGAGACGGAGAGGUAAGUCGCUAAAGGAGAAUGCAGAACUCAAUCGAAGAUGGCUGGAUGACCUGGCAUGUCGCUUGUGCUGCGUGCUCAUGCUUGACAAGUUCACCGACUACAGCUCCGACAUGUCGGUGGCUCCCAUCCGAGAGACGGUUGGCCAGACUCUAGGGUCGGUUCUCCGCCACGUGCCCCCGCUCUCUGUGCACGCCAUCUACCAGUUGCUGUACCGCAUGGUGAUGCAGGACGACCUCCAGCUGGACCACCACGUCUGGGCCAUAUGCCACGGCGGCAUGGUGGGCCUGCGAUACGUGGUUGCGGUGCGCAAAGACCUCCUGCUCGAGGACAGUGACAUGAUCGACGGCGUCAUCAAGUCGGUCAUGAAAGGCCUGGCAGACAUAGACGACGAUGUCCGCUCCGUCAGCGCAGCCACCCUAAUCCCCAUAGCCAAGGAGUUUGUGACGCUGCGCCCAGGCGCCCUGGACAGUCUCAUCAACAUCGUCUGGGAGAGUCUCUCCAACCUGGGCGAUGAUCUGAGCGCAUCGACGGGCAAAAUCAUGGAUCUGCUGGCCACGCUCUGCAGCUUCCCUGAAGUCCUGGAAGCCAUGAAGAUAUCCGCCGCUCAAGAUGAGGAGCGAUCCUUCACCCUCCUGGUCCCUAGGCUCUACCCUUUCCUCCGCCAUACCAUCACGUCGGUGCGGCUUGCCUUGCUCAAGGCGCUGAUGAGAUUUGUUAAUCUCGGUAGCGAGACCUCGCAAGGGUGGCUGACUGGCAGAAUACUGCGUCUCAUUUUCCAGAACAUUCUUGUCGAGAGGGAUUCCGAGACGCUCAACACGUCCAUGGAGCUGUGGACUGCUCUGGUUCGGACGCUCGGCCAAAGCCCAGCCAUUCUUGCCAGCGAGUUCGGCCCCCAUGUAGACGCGCUCAUGCAGCUGACACUACAUCCCAUCGGCGUAUCCCGCCACCCCAUCCCCAUGAACGCGUCCCUCUUCCAGAAGCCGUCUGGGGGUACCUACUCCCUGCCCGGUCUCACUCCUGUUGGAACCCGGCGCUCGUCACCGCCCGAGGGCGCCGAGAGAGCGACGAAGCGGAGGAGAAAAUCGACCAAGAUAGAUGAUGUUCCGGUGCCGACUCACAGCCACGACGUCGACGGCCACAUGAUGCAAGGCGACGUUGACCUGGUAGGAAUGGACGUUCUGAUUAGGUCCCGCGUCUCGGCGGCCAGGGCCAUGGGCCUUCUCAUGUCCUUUAUCUCGCCGUCAGCGGUGCGUGCCUAUGACGACGCCAUCCUCCCCGGUCUUUCGUCUCCCUACGCAUCAACCCAACUGACCGCCGCCAUUGUUAUUGAUGAAUACGCCAAGAACUGCGCCAAGGGUGAAGAAGCAGCUCGAUUUGUCGAGCCCUUACAGAAGAUUAUUGACCAAGAUCGGCCGUCCCACUACCGAGACUUGGUCAGCUAUGUGCAGCGUGUGCGGUCGCAGUCGCAGCAGCUCCUGCAUCUCUUCCGCGAUCACGGCAAGGUUCCCAACGGAAAGCUACCCACCCUUGCCGUUGUCGUGCAGGGCGACGAGGGAGCCGGCCCUGGCGCAUUCUCCAUGGCAAACGCCGAAAAGGUCGUGGGCGAUGACUACGAGAGGCUUAAGAAGGCAAUGGCCCCUGGCCAGCGACUGAUUGCCCUCCCCCAACUGUCCGAGGCCCGAGAGGCCACAGUUGCAGUCAUCGAGGAAACCAAGCUGGCCAAGGACGCCCGUGACGCGCGAAUCAGAGCCGCUGCGGCAUGCGCCUUGAUCGCCAUGAGGAUACUUCCCAAAAAGCCCAGUCCGCUUAUCAAGGCUAUCAUGGAUAGCAUCAAGACGGAAGAGAACCAAGAACUCCAGGUCCGCUCUGCUUCAACCAUUGCACGUCUUGUGCAGCUCUUCACCGAGUCGGGCCGCCGCGGGCCAGCCGACAAGGUCGUGUCCAACUUGGUCAAAUUCUCGUGCGUCGAGGUGGCCGAGACGCCAGAAUUCCCGGUCCACGCCCUCAAGACAAGCGUCAUUCUUUCAAUGCAGAAGGAAGAGGACCGCGUCGACCAUGCUGACGCGGCCAAGUUUGCGCGCGAGGCGAGGGCAGCACGUAUCACGCGCCGCGGCGCAAAGGAGGCGUUAGAGAUAUUGUCCCAGUCCUUUGGCGCCCAUCUCUUGACGCGGGUCCCAAGUCUACAGUCGUUCAUGGAGGAGCCUCUGGCGAAGGCCUUUGCCAGCGACCUGCCAGCCGAGGCUAGAGAUCCCGAGAGCACGUUUGGCCAAGAGAUCGUCGACUCCAUGUCAGUGAUUCGGACCAUGACGCCAACUCUCCACCCUUCGCUUCACCCUUUCGUGAUGAGGCAGAUCCCGCUUGUUAUCAAGGCGCUCCAUUCGGAGCUGUCCGUCUUCCGCUACAUGGCGGCAAAGUGUCUGGCGACAAUAUGCAGCGUCAUCACGGUCGAGGGCAUGACUGCCCUAGUCGAGAAGGUGCUCCCGUCGAUUAACAAUCCCAUCGACCUCAACUUCCGCCAGGGAGCAAUUGAGGCCAUCUACCACCUGAUCGCCGUGAUGGGCGACGGCAUUCUUCCGUAUGUCAUCUUCCUCAUUGUACCAGUCCUCGGCCGUAUGAGCGAUUCAGACACGGAGAUCCGGCUCAUCGCAACCACUUCCUUUGCUACUCUUGUCAAGCUAGUGCCGCUUGAGGCUGGUAUUCCCGACCCCCCUGGUCUCUCGGAAGAGCUUCUCAGGGGCAGAGACCGGGAGCGAACGUUUAUUUCCCAGCUUUUGGACCCCAAGAAAGUUGAGCCCUUCCAGAUCCCCGUCGCCAUCAAGGCGGAGCUGCGCUCGUACCAGCAGGAGGGUGUCAACUGGCUCAACUUCCUCAACAAGUAUCACCUUCACGGUAUUCUUUGCGACGACAUGGGUCUGGGCAAGACGCUCCAAACUAUCUGCAUCGUUGCCAGCGACCAUCACCAGCGUGCUGAGGAGUUUGCCAAGACGGGGGCGCUGGACGUUAGGAAACUUCCCUCGUUGAUUGUCUGCCCUCCCACCCUGUCGGGACAUUGGCAGCAAGAAAUUAAGGCGUACGCUCCGUUCCUCACCGUCACGACAUAUGUUGGCCCCCCUGCGGAGCGCAAAGCGAUGAAGGAUCUGGACAAGACAGACAUUGUCGUCACCUCGUACGACGUCUGCCGCAACGAUGUUGAUAUCAUCGAGAAAUACAACUGGAAUUACGUAGUUCUUGACGAAGGUCAUCUCAUCAAAAACCCGAAGGCAAAGAUCAGCAUGGCGGUCAAACGGCUGGGCAGCAACCAUCGGCUCAUCCUGACGGGCACACCGAUCCAGAAUAACGUGGUUGAGCUGUGGUCCUUAUUUGACUUCUUGAUGCCCGGAUUCCUAGGCGCUGAGAAGGUUUUCCUUGAUCGGUUCGCAAAGCCAAUCGCCAACAGCCGCUACAGCAAGGCCUCGUCUAAGGAGCAAGAAGCGGGCGCUCUGGCUAUUGAAGCUCUGCACAAGCAGGUGCUGCCCUUCCUCUUGCGCCGCCUCAAGGAAGAAGUGCUCAAUGACCUGCCACCCAAGAUUCUCCAAAACUACUACUGCGACCUUAGUGACCUCCAGAAGAAACUGUUCGAGGACUUCACCAAGAGAGAGGUCAAAAAGAUCACUGAAGAUGCCGGGCGCGACGACAAGGAAGCCAAGCAGCACAUUUUCCAGGCGCUCCAGUACAUGCGCAAGCUCUGCAACUCGCCGGCGCUGGUCAUGAGGCCCGACCACAAGCUGUACAAUGAGACGCAGAGCUUCCUGGCCAAGCAGAAUACGAGCCUCGACGACGUGGUGCACGCGCCCAAGCUCACGGCCCUGCGAGACCUCCUCGUUGACUGCGGCAUCGGCGUAGAGGGGCAAGAGUCAUCUGACCCGCUAUACACCCCCAUCAAACCCCACCGAGCUCUCAUCUUCUGCCAGAUGAAGGAGAUGCUUGACAUGGUGCAAAACACGGUGCUCAAGAAGCUGCUGCCUUCUGUGUCGUUCCUCCGACUCGACGGUGGUGUCGAGGCGAACCGACGCCAAGACAUUGUCAACAAGUUCAACAGCGACCCGUCGUACGACGUGUUGCUGCUCACUACCAGCGUCGGUGGUCUCGGGCUGAACCUCACGGGUGCCGACACGGUCAUCUUUGUUGAGCACGACUGGAACCCGCAGAAGGAUCUGCAGGCCAUGGACCGCGCUCAUCGUAUCGGCCAGAAGAAGGUAGUCAACGUUUACCGCCUGAUUACGCGCGGCACGCUCGAGGAGAAGAUUCUCAGCCUGCAGCGCUUCAAGAUCGACGUGGCGAGCACUGUAGUAAACCAGCAGAAUGCCGGGCUGUCGACCAUGGACACGGACCAGAUCCUCGACCUAUUCAACCUAGGCGACUCGGGCCCGAACCUCAUCACGGACAAACCAAAAGCCGGCGACGGCAUCGAAGGCCGGGAAGAGGACAUGGUGGACAUUGAGACGGGCGAUGUCCGCCAACCGGGCAAGAAGGCGGCCUGGCUCGACGGGUUGGGCGAGCUCUGGGACAAUAGCCAGUACGAGGAGAGUUUUGAUCUCGACGGCUUCCUCAAGACUAUGCAGUGA